AGCAUAUACACACUUACAAGCUAGAGUGAGUUCUAUCUAGCUCUUCGCAAAAUAAACAAACUUUUUUUUUUAUAUAACGUUUUUUAUUAAGUGUUUGUAUGGCAUCUAGCUCAAUGUCUUCACGUGGUUCGGGAUCAUGGACUGCCAAGCAAAACAAGGCCUUUGAAAGGGCCCUUGCGGUGUUCGAUAAGGAUACCCCUGACCGAUGGCACAAUGUUGCCAAGGCCGUUCCUGGGAAAACGGCCGAGGAAGUGGAGAGGCAUUUUGAACUCCUUGUGCAGGAUGUUAACAGCAUUGAAAGCGGUCGCGUUCCUUUCCCCAAUUAUAGAUCCGCCAAAGGAGGAGCAUAGUAUUAAGGAUAAGUAACCCUCUGCUGCAAGAUUGAAAAAGCAGGGCAUGCAUAAUUAAGUAGCAAUAACGAAGAUCCCAAGACCAUUUUCUUCGAAGCAAUUUCAUCGAUCAAUGUAACUAGUAUGUUAGGGAAUCAUAUAAAAUUGAUUCCUGCUCUAUGUAAUUUCACUUCUGUAAGUUGGCAAAUCUCUUUUGUUCUUCUUGGCUAAAAUGCACAUUUUAUGUGAAAUGAAAUCAAAAAACAAAAUGUGCUUUGUGAUC